AUGGAAUCACCUUCAGCACAUGAGAUCUCCCUGCCAGAGGAUGAAGAGCUACAGCCCUGGGGAGGCUCUGGAGGCCCUCCUGGUCAGCAUCCAGAAAGACCGAGGUCAACAGAGUGUGCCCAGCCUGGGGUUGUGGAGAAGGUGCGGCCAAAGUGGGGCAACCCCCUGGAGUUCCUACUUGUCUGUGUCUCCUAUGCCGUGGGCCUGGGGAACGUGUGGCGCUUCCCCUACCUGUGCCAGAUGUACGGCGGAGGGAGUUUCCUGGUCCCCUACAUUGUCAUGCUCAUUGUGGAGGGGGUACCACUCUUGUACCUGGAGCUGGCCGUGGGGCAGCGCAUGCGGCAGGGCAGCAUUGGUGCCUGGAGGACCAUCAGCCCCUACCUGAGCGGUGUCGGCAUUGCUAGCUUGGUGGUCUCGUUUUUGGUCUCUGUGUACUACAAUGUCAUCAACAGUUGGGCUCUCUGGUACCUCUUCCACUCCUUCCAGGAUCCCCUGCCGUGGUCUGUCUGCCCACUGAAUAGUAACCGCACAGGCUACAAUGAGGAGUGUGAGAAGGCUACGUCCACACAGUACUUCUGGUACAGGAAAACACUCAACAUCUCACCAUCCAUCCAGGAGACUGGAGGAGUGCAGUGGGAGCCGGCGCUGUGCCUCACCCUGGCCUGGCUGAUUGUCUAUCUGUGCAUCCUACGGGGCACUGAGUCAACGGGCAAGGUGGUCUAUUUCACCGCAUCAAUGCCUUACUUCGUGCUCAUCAUCUACCUGGUGCGGGGCCUCACACUCCACGGAGCCACCAAUGGCCUGGCAUACAUGUUCACACCCAAGAUUGAGCAGCUAGCCAACCCCAAGGCCUGGAUCAAUGCAGCCACACAGAUCUUCUUCUCACUGGGCUUAGGAUGUGGCGGCCUGAUCGCUUUUGCCAGCUACAAUGAACCCUCCAACGACUGCCAGAAGCAUGCUAUCAUCGUGUCUGUCAUCAAUAGUACUACAGCCAUAUUUUCCAGCAUUGUCACCUUCUCCAUCUAUGGCUUCAAGGCCACCUUCAACUAUGAAAACUGCUUAAACAACAUCCUCACCCCUCUGACUGACAGCAAGGUCAUCUCCAGCUACCUGCCCAAGGAGGCCAUUUCAGGUCUGGUGUGUCUUAUCAGCUGUGCCAUUGGCAUGGUGUUCACCAUGGAGGCUGGAAACUACUGGUUUGACAUAUUCAAUGACUUUGCAGCCACUCUGUCCCUGCUGCUCAUUGUGCUGGUGGAAGUCAUAGCUGUGUGCUAUGUGUAUGGGCUGAAGAGAUUUGAAGGUGACCUUCGAGCCAUGACUGGCCGCACCCUCAACUGGUACUGGAAGAUCAUGUGGGCACUCGUGAGUCCACUGCUCAUUAUUGGCCUCUUUCUCUUCUACCUGAGUGACUACAUCCUCUCGGGGACGCUGCAGUACCAAGCCUGGGACACUACUCAG